UGAAAAAUCAAAGUAACAGAGGCGUAGAGUAACAAGAGCGGAACGUGAAGAAUGGGGCGUUGGAAGCAGAAGCAGAAGUGGAAAAAGAUCUUGUGAAUAACUUGUGGAUCCACUUCAAGAGCGCAUCUAUGGUGAUUGGAUUGAGAGGUUUUUGUCUCUUUGCAAUCGCCUUUCUACUUGUUUUGGAAGAGAGGGUGUCAAAACCCGCUUGCCAACUGGUUCCGAGCAGCAAUGAACAUGAAGAUGUUGAUUAUGACUUGAAGGUGAUGAUGGUCGCUGACCUUCUUCUAUUGGGCUCCGAAUCUGGUCUUGUCAAUCACUUCUUCAGAGACUACUACAUGUCCAAGUUCUUUCGGAAAUCUUUUGAGAGUUUGAGGCCUGAUUUGCUUCUUGUAUUGGGAGAUGUUUCUGCAAAAGGGUCGGAGUUGACAAAGAGCAAAUGGAUGUCAGUGCUGCGUCAGUUUUACCAAGUGUUGGGCCCCUUUGUUGGUCUUCCAUUCCAUGCAGUUCUUGGUGAUAGGGAUAUUGGAGAAUGCAGUGAUCUUGAUAUGAACAAAGUCGAUUGGAUUGCUCACAAAUUACCAGGAUUGGAUCCUUCUGGCUGUGCUGCAUUUGAGAUUGGUAACAUCAGUUUUGUCACACUGAAUGCUGUAGCUUUGCUUUGUGGCAAUAGUAGUUUGCGUUUUGAUGUUGAGAAAGUAAUAGAGAGGGAAAGUCUAGAACUUCGUAUGGAAGCAGAGAGUGCAUCCAAAACAAUUAAUGAUUCCCCCAACUUUAGAGAUGCAGACUAUAACUUCUUCUGGAGGGAGAGCAGCAUGUUAUCUGGAUCAGGCCCUGUACUUCUGCUUCACUUACCUUUGGACCAAACAAGAAAUGAGCACCAUGGUGACAUUGAUGCUUUUAAGAGAUCUUCAACUUCUUUUAUAGAGGGGUUAAAUGUGGUGCCAAAAAGCAGGGAGCUCAUUGGGGGUGGCCUGUAUAAGUUACUUCAUACCCUCCCACUAAAUGCUUCUGAAUACAUUUUACAAGCUCUGAAGCCAAGGAUUAUUUUUAGUGCUCACAGGUAUGCAUUUUCUGAUUACGUUCAUUGGGACAGAACUUAUGAGAUUACUGUUCCAGCAAUGUCAUGGAAUGCAAGAGAUGACCCGGGAUUUGUGAUUGCCACAUUCCAAAAGACAGGAAGAGCAGAUAGCAAGGAAGAGAGAGAGAGAGAGAUGACCGUGGGGAAAGCUGUGUUCCGCAUUAUUUUUCUUCAUGAUUAUCGUUGUCUACCAAUUUUGAAGUCCAAGACGAGAAGUUUUGCUAAAUCAAUGGCGGAAACUGGAACUGGAUCCUCACCCUCCCCCAAACCCCCAACAAUGGACCCGCAAAACCCCUCUUCUUCAAACCCUACAAUCCAAUCCCCUUCUUCAAUCUCCCAACAACAAUCCCCUUCUAUGCCUCCUCUUCCCCAAUCUCAACAAGAUCAACUCCUUCACCAACAACUCAGUCCUUCAAUGCAGCAACCCCAACAACAACAACAACAACAACAACAACAGCAACAAUCGCAAACCCUCCUAAUUCAGCAACAACAGUCACAAUCCAUGCCCAUCAACAUCAACCCUAUUUCCAAUUUUCAACUCCAACAAACCCUUCAGCGUUCUCCUUCCAUGUCACGUCUCAACCAAAUUCAGUCUCAGCAGCAACAGCAGCAACAGCAGCAGCAGCAGCAGCAGCAGUUCAGCGUCAUGCGCCAGCAGCCUGGCCUUUACGCCGGCCAGAUGAACUUCGGCGCUGCGGCGGCGCAGAAUCAGCAGCAGCAACAGCAAUUGGGUGCUUCCAAUUUGUCGCGGUCCGCGUUGAUUGGGCAGAGCGGGCAUUUUCCUAUGUUGUCUGGUGCUGGAGCACAGUUUAAUCUGUUGUCUUCGCCAAGGCAGAAAAGUGGGUUAGUCCAGUCAUCUCAAUUCACUUCAGGUAAUUCUCCUGGACAAGCACUGCAAGGAAUGCAAGCAAUGGGGAUGAUGGGGUCACCAAAUCUUAGCUCGCAACUACGAGCCAAUGGAGCCAUGGCUUAUGCACAGCAGCUGCGGAUGAGUCAGGGUCAUCAAAUCAGGCAGCAACUAUCACAACAGAGUUCGCUAAACACUACACAGGUUCAAGGUAUACCAAGGUCAUCAUCCCUUGCUUUUAUGAAUUCCCAGUUGUCUGGAUUGUCUCAGAAUGGACAAUCUGCAAUGAUUCAUAACUCUUUAACCCAGCAACAGUGGCUUAAGCAAAUGCCAGCAAUGUCUGGCCCUGCCUCACCAUUGCGUCUUCAACAACAUCAGAGGCAGCAGCAGCUGGCUUCUUCUAGUCAACUGCAACAGAACUCUAUGACCCUGAACCAACAACAAUUGUCCCAGCUGAUGCAGCAGCAAAAAUCAAUGGGGCAGCCUCAGCUGCAUCAGCAACAGCAACAACAGCAGCAGCCUCAGCAGCAGCAGCAGCAACAACAACAACUUAUACAGCAACAGCCACAACAACAAUCUCAACUACAAGCAUCAGUUCAUCAACAGCAACAGCAGCAGUCUCCGAGAAUGCCAGGACCCACAGGCCAGAAGUCACUUAGUCUUACAGGAUCACAACCAGAUGCUACUGCAUCUGGUGCAACUACACCAGGUGGUAGUUCUAGCCAAGGAACUGAAGCUACAAAUCAAGUCCUUGGGAAGAGAAAGAUACAGGAUUUAGUUGCACAGGUGGAUCCACAGGGUAGGCUAGACCCUGAUGUUAUUGAUCUUCUUUUAGAGCUUGCUGAUGACUUCAUUGAUUCUGCCACUACACAUGGUUGCAUUUUGGCAAAACAUAGAAAAUCAUCAACUUUGGAGUCCAAGGAUUUAUUGCUACACCUUGAGAAAAAUUGGGACUUAACAAUUCCAGGAUAUUCAAGUGAAGAGAAGAAGUAUCAAAGCAAACCUCAGUUAAAUGAUCUCCACAAGAGGCGCCUAGAUAUGAUUCGCACAUUGAUGGAAUCCUCACCUGCUGAGUCAAGUAUUAACAGCUCUAAAGAGAUUAGUAGACAGGGCCUUCCUAAUCCUAACCCUGUGGGUGUCCACCACCUCGUAAGACCCUUGAGUUCCGAGCAGCUGGUCUCUCAUUCAACCGGUUCUCAAAUGCUACAGCAGAUCACAAGGUUUUAAUUAACCUCUGUUUUUGGUCUUCAUACUGCAAGGUUGAACUGCCUGUAUGCUGGUCUCGAAGCGAUUGCUUGCUGAAACUGAUUAGAAUACAAGGGAAUUGUAAUUACAUAGUAUUUAGACAUGAUAAUUAGUUGUUAAGGGAUCCAGGAAUUGGCUACCUCCUCCUGUUAUUUGCCCCUGUUCUCAAUAGUCAUUUUUGUUUCACUGUUUUAGCCUACUUAUGAAUUUUUCAUGUUCAUUGGUAGUAUAAACAUACAUUGGGUAAUUGCUCUCUAUUUCUGAUUAAUUAUGCAAAAUUGGUGUAAAGCUUUUCAGUUCUGAGUCGAGUGUAAAGCGACCAACAAGUUUGGGCUUUGGAUUUUAAUGUAAUGAGUUAUGAAACUAGGGAUAUAGUUGA